UCACCAUCAUGGCUCUCACGUCUCAAAUGACGGAGGAAGAAAAGUUUUCCGUGCAGAGCAGAUAAAUAAAGAUCCGAGCAGCAGAAAUGUCGGAGCAGAAAGUGUCCGCAAUGACCACAGAGGAAGAGGAGGAUGAAGCUCUGGGAUAUUACGAAGAAGAAGAAGGAGAGGAUGAAGACGAGCUGGAGGCGUUUUCAGACUCGGAGCUGGACUGUGAGGACGGAGUUCUGGGCUUCAGCGACUCUCUGGAAGUCAAACCUCGUAUCCUGCUGAUGGGUCUGAGGAGGAGUGGGAAGUCAUCCAUCCAGAAGGUGGUUUUCCAUAAGAUGUCACCCAAUGAGACUCUGUUCCUGGAGAGCACCAAUAAGAUCUGCAGAGAGGACGUCUCCAGCAGCUCUUUUGUCAGCUUCCAGAUAUGGGACUUCCCCGGACAGAUCGACUUCUUCGACCCCACGUUCGACUACGAGAUGAUCUUCAGGGGAACUGGAGCGCUCAUCUUCGUCAUUGACUCGCAGGAUGAUUAUGUGGAGGCUCUCAGCAGACUUCAUCUCACUGUGACCCGGGCUUACAAAGUCAACCCCGACAUCAACUUUGAGGUUUUCAUUCAUAAAGUAGACGGACUGUCAGACGACCACAAGAUCGAGAAACAGAGAGACAUCCACAAACGAGCCAACGAUGACCUGGCAGACGCUGGCCUGGAACAGAUCCACCUGAGCUUCUAUCUAACCAGCAUUUACGACCACUCCAUAUUUGAGGCCUUCAGUAAAGUGGUUCAGAAGCUGAUCCCACAGCUGCCCACGCUGGAAAACUUACUCAACAUCUUUAUAUCUAACUCGGGUAUUGAGAAAGCCUUCCUGUUCGAUGUAGUCAGUAAGAUUUACAUCGCUACAGACAGCAGUCCGGUGGACAUGCAGACGUAUGAGCUGUGCUGUGACAUGAUCGAUGUGGUCAUCGACAUCUCCUGCAUCUACGGUCUGACAGAAAGUGGAGCAGGUUUACCCUACGACAAAGAAUCCAUGGCCAUCAUCCACCUGAACAACACCACUGUCAUGUACCUGAAGGAGGUCACCAAGUUCCUCGCCAUGGUCUGCUUCCUCCGCAGGGAGAGCUUUGAGAGGAAAGGACUGAUCGACUACAACUUCCACUGCUUCAAGAAUGCCAUCCAAGAGGUUUUCGAUGUUCGGGUAAAGGUUCAACAAAAUCGUAAACUCCUCAGCCAAAGAAGGUGGAGCAAACUAACUAUGACCAACGGAGUGGCGAAUAACAACCCUCACUGAAAACGGCAGACUUCAGACAGCCCAAAUCUGACGAAUCCAGAGACUCUGUCUGCUUUCAAAAGAUUGAUGUAUGGAGUUUCUACAUUGUGAGAAUCAGUAAGUCUGUUCUUUAUUUGCUCAGCCCUCUGCCCACCUUACUUUUUACAGUAAAGAGGGUUGACUUUAUUUCCCACCAGUUUGGAAUUUGGCCUCAUUCACUGGUUUUAAUUAGGCAACAUGACAAGUUUUCCAUUAACAAGAAGAAACACAUAAAAAUCUGCAGGUUUUUGUGAUUUAACCAGGUGUUUGGAGCGAUUAUAAACCCGUAAAUACAUAAAAGGGAAACCUGAUGUCAUUGAACAAAAUAAGUGGCUUAAGAUGAUUUUGUUUUUUUUUUUUUGCUUCCAUGUAAAAAAGCCUCCACUGGUGACUGUUUUUACAUCUGUGGCUUGAUACACUACAUUAUUGUAUUUUUCCUUUUUCCUCAUGUUCACACUGAAAUAUAAUGAAGCCAGCCAAAGCACACACGUAUGGUGGACUGUCUCAUGUUUAUCAAAGGUUUGACACCACUAACAAAUACAUUAUGCAGCUGCAGGUGUUAUGGUUCAGUUUGUGACCAUGUUAACUGGUGUUCAAUAGUGUUCCUCGUUAAUGUUUGUUUUUUAGUUUCCAGUAAACUAGUUUAAUGAAACAUGAAGAAAGAGGCUUUUAUGAGUACUCUUGCCUUUUUCAGUGUCUGUUUUAACUACAGCAUCGCGGACAGGUGACACCAGAUAACACGGUGACUCUUCAAAGCCUAACAGCUGUGAGCAGUGUUAGCAGUGUUAGCAGAGUAGCUCUGACAGCAGAAUGUAAAAAGUAGAAAGCAGCUUGCCAAAAGUGGAGGUUCCAGUGAUGAGAAGGAUGAUUUCCCUGGUUCAACCAGCUGGAUAAAGUCGCGUUAAGCAAACAGCAGACACACUCAUGAUGUGAUCAAGGUGCAGACUCAGUGCAGGAGUAGAAAUCAGGCUUAUGUAGGACAUAAUGUUACAUCCUGAUGAACGCCAUCAGCUGCUUGAGUAGAAGAACUUUAGGUGCAAGUCUGAUCAUGUGCCUUAUUCAAAUUUGUGUAACUAUUUUUUAUGUUUUAUGUGAUAUCUCAAGAAUGAGCUUACCGAUUUUUAUCAAACUUACAAGAAAGUUUAUCAAAAAUGUAGGAGAGACUGAUUAAAUUUUUGAGGUCAAAAGUCAAGGUCACUGGCCCAUAUGUUCAUUCCUAAUGCUAGGAGGAAUUUUCUUCAAAUAUUGUGCAAAUGUCCUCUCAGCCUGAGGUUGGUUAUCAUUUGGGUGUUUUAUGAUAUUGGUGCUAAAAUAAUAAUAAUAUAAAAAUGGUACCAGUGUUAGAGCGGUACCUGAAUCAACGCUUUCAGGAGGGAAAAAGAGAAUGGUCAGCAUUAAAAUGUACUUAAUAUAAUCUCAAAGGCAGAUUUAGACAACAAGUUUAGCACCAUUAAACUUACUAAACAUUAAAAAAAAAAACACUGAACAGAUUCAACCAAAUAAUUAAAAGAGCCUUACUAAGUCUGAUAAGUUGUAUUUCCUACUAACAAUUUGACUCUCUUUACAUUGUCUGUGACUUAUUUUAUCCUGACUUAUAAAUGUGUUCAUCCCAGUAGGGCUUACAACUUUCAUUUAAUGUUUUUCACGACUUAUUUUUUCCUGCUGUUUCAUUUUUUAAAGUACAUUUUAAUCAUAAAAUGAUUUCCCCCCUGCACAAGUAAGAGCCACAGCCCCUCAACCAAAAAAUCUAUUUUCACCCCACUCCUAAAAAAAAUUCAUUCCCAGCACCAGGGGGUAGCGCCGACUUUCAGUCUGAUCAGGCAUUGGUUGGCGCUCAGUAUAGGGGGACAUGACCGACCCAACCCGAACAUGCCCAGACCAGCUGCUCCUGACUGGUCGGAUGGAUUUCUGGCAUGUUUGAUAUUUUGGUCGUAUGAUUCAAGACACUCCCACAGUGAGAGCAGGACCGUGAGCAGAAUCCUCAGUUUAACCGGCUAGACCCAAAUACAGCACAGACUUCAGUGCUUCAUUUCAGCACCAAAAAACGAACCUCUGUGCACUCAGCAGAGCAUUCUCCUGGACAUUUGUCUGUACGCUGCCUGCAUUUUUCUACCCAAUAUGCAGUCUGGCUGACUCCUUUACUUUAUUGUUGUCUCUGACGCAGCAACACAGACAUUCAUUUUCUUUGAGCCUCUUACAUAAAGAACCUACUGUGUGCUUAAUUCAUUUUAUUUUUAUAGCACAUUUAAUACAAAGAUGUUUCUCUGAAUUUAUGAUGCACGGGCAGCUUUUAUAACUUAUUUUCUCUCAGAAGUAUUGAUUCAGGGACUUUUCAGGAACUGUUUGAAAAGUUUUGAUUAAGCACCAGUAUUAGAAAAAACCCAGCUCUCAUGGCCGUCCCUUGCUUUUCACAUUGGUAUCACAGAAAACGACCCAGCCCUUUUUCUUGACCCACCACCACCAUAGGUUUCCCAAUGAAAGGGUUUAGGGCUCGGUGGUAGGUUGUAGGACAGUGGUAGGUCAGUGGUAGGUCAUAGGUCAGUGGUAGGUCAGUGGUAGGUCAUAGGUCAGUGGUAGGUCAUAGGUCCGUGGUAGGUCAGUGGUAGGUCAGUGGAAAAACUGGGGGAGAGAAAGUGGGGAAUGACUCUGUACUACUUCUAAUAAGAAUAUAUAAUAAUAAUUUUUAAAGAUAAAUAAAGUCUGUCUCCACAUUUAUAUGCCCUUCCCUCCUAAAACUAACUUAGCACAAAAAGUAAGGGGAAUUUGUUUAUGGUUAAAUUAUUUCUGUGUUGUAACAAUGCUUCAAUAAAGCUUACAUCACUGGAAAGCCUGUUUAUUUCCCUUUUAAAUAUAGCCACGUUUGUAAGGAAAAUACAUUUGUAACCCUAACCCUACCCUAACCCUGGGAAGAGCAGCAGAACUCAGUAUGUGGGUUACACCCAUGAAAAUUUGCCAAAACUUCUCUGCCAAUGCCAAACAGCUGAUUUGGCCAUUGACUCUUG